CACAGAGUCUCUUCGUUCCGUUCGUUCUGUGCGUAUCGAAAUAUUCUGAAGCGUGAAUCUCCAACGAAAGGCGAAUCACGUCUCGUUACAGUGCUUUUUUUUUAAUCAAAUCCUCAAACCAUGACUCAGGACAAUCUCACCGCUAUAUUAUAUGGCAUCAACGAUUUACGGCUGGAGAAUACGAGUAUUGAAGAACCAGAAGACAAUGAGGUGCUUUUGGAAAUGGCAUGUGUAGGAAUUUGUGGAUCGGAUGUUCAUUAUCUCGUUAAUGGAAGGAUCGGCGACUUCAUCGUGAAGAAACCCAUGAUUAUUGGUCAUGAAUCUUCCGGUAUUGUUGCCAAACUUGGAAAAAAUGUCAAGAAUUUGAAGAUUGGCGAUCGCGUUGCCAUUGAACCCGGUGUACCCUGUAGGAUGUGCAAGUUUUGCAAGGAAGGACGUUAUAAUCUAUGCAAGGAUGUAGUGUUUUGCGCGACUCCGCCCGUGCAUGGCAGCUUGAGACGUUUUUAUAAACAUGCGGCUGAUUUCUGCUUUAAAUUACCCGAUCACGUGAGUUUAGAGGAAGGAGCACUUUUAGAGCCGUUGUCAGUGGGAGUGCAUGCUUGCAAACGUGGCGGAAUCAGCAUCGAAUCUAAAGUAUUAAUCCUUGGAGCUGGUCCGAUUGGCUUGGUGACAUUAUUGGUAGCCAAAGCUAUGGGCGCAUCUAAAGUAGUUAUCACAGAUAUUAUAGAAAGUAGACUGACGAUGGCGAAGAAACUCGGCGCCGAUUACACAUAUCUGUUACAAAAAGAUAAAUCAGAAAAGGAUGUAGUGGCUGACAUUCAUGCAAUUUUUGGUGAUGAACCUAACAGAACAAUAGAUGCAUCUGGUGCGGAAGCUUCGAUUCGCUUGGCGAUUCUUGCAACGAAAUCUGGUGGAGUUGUAGUAUUAGUGGGAAAUACUGCUCCAGAGGUACAAAUUCCACUAAUAAAUGCUUUGGUCAGAGAAGUUGACAUUAGAGGUGUUUUUCGAUAUGCAAAUGACUAUAAUGAUGCAUUGGAACUUGUUGCAUCUGGCAAGGUAAAUGUAAAGCCAUUGAUCACUCACAAUUACAAAAUAGAGGACACCAAGCAAGCAUUCGAGACUAGUAGAACUGGAGCUGGCGGUGCUAUUAAAGUUAUGAUUCACUGUAAGUAAUUGAAUUGUAGCAAGAUUUUGGAGAUCAGAAUUUUAAAUAUGAUUAUGGUCUCUUGUAAAAAAUGUAUGUAAAGAAAUUUUAGUGACAUGUUAAACUGAAUUUUAUCAUUUUGUAUGACACAAUUGCUAUAUAUUAGCUUAAUAUGCAAAUAUAAUAUUAAAAAUUAAAUAAAUGUAUUCAUACAUGCAUAUGUCAACAUGAAUUGAGAUCUUAAAGAAAUCUCUUUUUCGAUAUGAAUUUUUUAUUGUAUUAUCUGUAUAAUACUGUGCUCUGUAAAAUGCUAAUUUAUACGACAUGCAUCUUAUUUGAUUAUCAGUCUGAUGUUAAAAGCUUCUUCAAUAUUGUACAGAAAUUGCAUAUGUAUAAUGUGUCUUAUUGUGUGUACAAUGACUCAAAAGAAUGAAGAUAUAUAAGAUGACACGACUGAUGAAUUUCAGUGACAACAAUAUUCGCGUUUGUUUAUAUUUUUUAAAAUGAUAAUAUAUUUUAUAUAAGCAAUAAAGAGAGUUCUCUAAUUACAUUUUCUUGCACGAAAAA